CUGAGCACCUUCCAGCUGCCCUUGAUAUAAUCGUCGCUACUGAACUUAUCGAUCCCAACACUGGGGCCGCACUUCCCAUGCGCACAUUACAUGAAGUUGCAUCCUUGUUCAACACAGAGGAAGCACCUGCCGUUUGGACAGACAUCGGAGGAUUUAUAGGAGCAAGGUGCCUCUGCGAAUCAAGGUUGCAGCUCUGGCUGGCAAUUGCUACUCUCGCCCUUGUGGCACGUUCCUCCCUGCAACCUCCCCUUGUCCUCCAGAGUAUAACCGCUCGAAAACUAAGGCUUGAAAAUGAGUCAGAAAGUAGCAGUGGUAAAGUUGGGGAAGGACACUUGAAAUCGAGUCAAGGAUUUAUGUGCAAGAGAGAAAAGGGACCCGUACCUAAACAGGACAUCGAUAAGCAAAUCACCAAAAAGGUCGGCACAAGAUAA